CUUUCGAUACAGUUCACGAUUCGCCCAAAGCGGUCAGUUCCAAAAGUAACUUGCAGCGCUCAGACCACAUCGCUACUGGCGUGUGUGGCUUUGCAAACUCAAAGCCACACUCGACCGUCCGUCCCGAGGGGUUUACGCCAACGUCGUGGCGACGUAGCGCAGUCGACAGCAUGCCGAACGUCGAGGACUCGGACGUUCCGCUCCUCCAGAGCAACUCGCGCCGCCAGCGCGCACCACUCGCCAAGAGCGACCUGCCGAUGAUGAACGAUAUGGACGAGUACAUUUGCUACGGCGACCGCGUCGCCUUCCUGUGCGAGGGGCAGCUCUUAGCGCUCACCCGCAAAUUCAACUUGACGUACCAGCAGAUGGCGCUGUUGGCCGCCUCAACACUCGCCACGGGCGGACUCAUGGGCAUCGCCGGCUUCUUCGUGUGGCGUAAGGGACUUUUCCGUAAACGAUACGCCGCUCUCUUCGGCGACGAGAUCUACAAUGAGGACGAUCUCAUCGGUCCCGAGGACCAAUCGACUGUGACACUAGAUAACGUCCCUCUAUUAGGUGGAGAACGGGACAUUCGAAGCAAAACGCAGUCGACUAUAACCUCCAGUCGCAUCACCACAACCAGCGGCGUGGCUGGAGAGCCCGACGCACCUGUCGGAGGGUCCAAAGCUGCUCACGGGUCUGUGGCCUUUAGACUGUUUGAGUUCGACCCAAAGAAGCAGCAACUUGUCUUCUCCAGUGUCGGUCUGCCUGUUAAAUUCGGGACGCCACUGGUUGUAGUCCACGCGGAAACAGGACGCGCUAUCAGAUACUUGACACACAGAGGAGCAGUGACGAUUAGUAAACCGCCUGUGAACUUGGCUUUCCAUCGACAAGUACGAGCCAGUCUGUUUGCAAUGGAAGAAUCGGCAGUGCAUCUCAACUCCAUCAAGAGAUCGAGACCACAGUCAGCACUCGUCUCGUCCAGUAAUACCAGUAACAAUAACGGAGAGGCAGGAGGAGUAUUGAGAGCGACGGUGGCUGAUCCAACGAGUAGGGACGACGACGCAGAAGCAGAACAGAGCGAACAAGCCGCGAUGUCUACUGGCCAAGGGGAUUUUAUGGUGGAUUUGGUGGACCAGAGUCAGAAUCAGGGCCAAAGUCAACGACAAGUGCAGGUGCUGACCAGCUACCCAAGAGGAAGGAAGCUUCAAAACCUCAGCAAUGUGCCGACCAACAAACAACGUCCUCGGAGUCGCAUGCAGCAGCAGUCGGCGCGAUCGAUGCAGUACAGCGCUCAGCGUCGCAGCUUGGACUUAUCCAGCUCGUCGGCUGCGGCCUUCCGGGCUGCAAUCAGUGAUCCUCGGACACAACAACCGACUCGCUCUUACGGUGACGACGCUAUCGGAGCGACGGUCGUCAACAUCACAGACACAACCAACACAUCGUCAGGUCGUGGUCGUGGUCGUGCUGCGAGUUCCUCGGCGUCGGCUAUUCAAGGCUCGGGGUCCAAUGCCUUCUAUCGAUCCAUCUCGGAGUCCUACAUGAACAUGGUCUCCGAUAUCACAGACACUCUACAGCAGACACGUGACCGUCAACGUGACCGUCAGGAGUUGAGACGACGACAAAAAGUUCUGAUGAAAGACCUACCCAACAUGUCGUUCAAUAACCCACUGGGUAAGUACUAUGUGGCCACAGUUGAGCCAGUCCGUCAUCAAACGACUGGUAGCAACUACCGCCUUCCAGUGGCUCCAAGUGACGAGUAUCUACGCUGGGGACAGCCCAUGUCAGUCGUAGCCAAGUUUAACGGCCGUGCGUGUGGGAUUCGGCCACGAGAAUACUACAAGGACAGCGAUCUGUACUUGACGACAGAGGCGACACCAACGACUAUUGUGCCGUUGCGUGAAGACGGCGAUCUCAAGUGCAUGGCAAAGGAGUCCACGCGGUUCCUCGCACAUCUCGAGAAACGCCAGGUGAGCGUCAGUGUGGGGACGUACAACGUCUGGAUGAUGCCGCGCAAGGUGAGCGCGUUCACGAGUUGUUCUCCUAAGAAGAACACUCGUGCGCGGUUGAUCGGCGAUCUCUUGCCUCCUUGUGACAUCUGGGUCUUGACCGAGUGCUUCGACUAUCGAGCGCGUGAUAUCCUGCUGGACAAGAUGACGGAAGCUGGUUAUUUCUUCUUCUCGCCGACGGUGGGUCACAAACGCGUCAACAAGACAAACAUGCGGAAACUGCUCAAUGGAGGUGUGCUACUGGCCAGUAAAUACCCGAUUCUCAGCGUCCGAGUGAAGCUGUUCGAAGGUGCUUGCGCUGGUGCCGACAAGCUGGCAGACAAGGGAGUACUGUACUGCAAGAUCUUGAAGGACGGACUGUUGGCUCACGUCUUCUCGACUCAUUUGCAAGCAUGGAAUGACCCGCUUUCAAGGACCAUGAGGAAGUUGCAGAUGGAUAUGAUUGCAAACUUUAUGCGGGCUAUGGACAUUGACGAGGUGAACGACGUCGUGUUGUUUGUGGGAGACUUGAACGUUGACUACUGGCUGAACAAGACGAACAAGGAGUACGAUGAGAUGCUCAACAUCUUUGGAGCCACAGACCCAUCCGUUGUGCAGCCUCGUAAACUCGGUAAAGCAUCCGAUUCCGAUAAGAAGGAGUCGGCCGCGGAGUUCAAACACCUGCGCAAGUACAGCUUCGACCCGCGGGUGAACGCUUUGGCGGCCGACGGGUUGAGCACGGACGGUAGUCUGGAGUUGUUGGACUACAUUCUCUACUCACGCACACACCGCCAGCCGAAGACUGCGUCGAGCUGGGUCCAGCCACUGACCACAUCGCAGCCUUGGAUGUGGCGCAAUCAACCGCAGUACAAUCUGUCAGACCACUUCCCGGUUGUGAGCGAGUUCACUUUCGAGAUGUAAGAUGAAAGGCGUGAGGAGAUGAGUGGGUGCGUUGAUCGAGAACGCUUCUGGUUUCAGGAAUCUUUAGGCGGGAUAGUCGUGAUGAUGGUCCCGGGAUGACCAGUGUGAUUGUUAUUUUUGCUUGUUGUAUGUUUUCGCUAUUUUAUCGCAAGUACAUUAUGGGAAUUCAAAGUAAAUUUUGAACUAGUCAA